CACUGCGUCUAAAAUGGCACACAGCAGCUUCCAUAAGUUUAUCUUUGGUUUCUGUACAAGCCUUCUCAUCAUCACUACCCUAAGCCACGGCGAGAUCGGGUUGCCGUCGGAGGAACAUGUAUCCCUUUUCAUCUUCGGCGACUCGAUUUUUGAUGCUGGAAACAAUAACUACAUCAACACUAGUCUGCGAGCAAAUUUUCGGCCAUACGGUGAAUCCUUUUUCAAGCACCCAACGGGAAGAUUUUCCGAUGGUCGUCUAAUUUCUGAUUUUAUAGCUGAGUACGCAAACCUGCCUUUCAUUCCACCAUAUCUGCAGCCAGGCAAUCAUCAAUUUACAUAUGGUGCAAACUUUGCAUCUGCAGGAGCUGGUGCUUUGGUUGAAACUAGCCAAGGUUUGGUGAUAGACCUUCAUUCUCAACUUUCAUAUUUUGAGCGAGUUCGUGAGUCAUUGACGAAGAACUUGGGGGAGGAAGAAGCCAAUACUCUGAUAUCAAGAGCUGUUUACUUGUUCAGUGUCGGAGGCAACGAUUACUCGUACAUAUUCGGGACAAACUCCAGCAUCCUUCGAACUCAAUCUCACAGAGAAUUUGUAGGAACGGUUCUAGGCAACAUAACUGCAGCGAUCAAUGAAAUAUACAAGAAAGGAGGAAGAAAUUUUGGGUUUCUUAGCCUUGAUCCUCUUGGUUGUUUACCUUUCGCAAGAGUAGUUGAGCAGGAACAAAACGGUCGAGGAUGCUUUAAAGAAAUUUCACCGUACGUAAAACUCCACAAUAAAGCACUUCCAAAACUCCUUCAGAAGCUGGAGACGAAACUCAAGGGAUUCAGAUACUCCCUUUCUGACUAUAAUGAGUUUCUGAGAGAGAGAAUAAAUCACCCUUCUAAAUAUGGUUUUGAGGAGGGGAAGGCGGCAUGUUGUGGAAGCGGUGCAUAUAGAGGAAUUUUCAGCUGCGGAGGCCAGAGAGGUAUCAGAGAGUAUAAGUUAUGCCCUAAUGCAAGUGAAUAUGUCUUCUUUGACUCUGCACAUCCAACAGAAAGGGUCAAUGAGCAAUUUGCUAGGCUAUUCUGGAGUGGAACUCCUAUUUCCACUUCUCCUUACAAUCUCAAAGCACUAUUCGAAUGAAAAUUACAAACUAUAUAUGUCUUAAUUAAAUUCUUCAUAUGUAGAUACUAGAUUGAGUUAUCGAUUGGAUCUGUAUGUUAAGAAUAUAGAGGCAAUAGUGUAGCAGGCCCAGUCCAUAUCCUAGCAGGCCCAAACCAUAUAUAGUCCGACAAUAUUCUUAUCAGCUUGGAGAAUAGGUUAUAUAAUCAGCAUCACCCUCUCAUAUAUGCAGAAGUUCUUCGUUAAUGAAAUAGGUUGGGAUAAUGGUUCUUCGUUCUUCUUUCAUUACAGAUUGCAACCAUUUUGUAUAAUUACCAACAUUCUAAUACCAAUUCACCUUUCUCUU